AUGAUCGACGCCAGGCUGCCACCACUCUGUAGUGGUGAGUGGCUGCAACAAAAGCACAGAAUAACAUCCCGAGCCCUCUCCUCCGCUUUUCCCCUCUUCCUCUGCGUCUGUGCUGGCAGGCGAGAGCUCCGUGCACUGCGCUAGCGAGGCUGGGUGCCGAGGCUGAGCUGGCGACGGGCGCAGGGUCUCGAGCUGCCAUCAACAAGUUAGGGUUGGAGGACCCCCCAGUCAUGGAAGGGGACCGCUUGAUCUUCAAUUAACCAAUUGAGCUGACAUCAUUGCAGAGGAAGGGAAACGGGGGACCUAGUGAGGAGCGGGGGCUGUGUUAGCCACGGUCUCUCCGGAUGCAAAUCGGCAAGUAAAAAAAAAUUCCAGGGAAGAGGAGAGGAAAAGAAAUGCAAGCUCUUAACCUGGAAUUUGGAAGAAGAAAAAAAGCGCACUAAUAAGAAACAGCAACAUCCCAGGACAUGGAAUUUCUGAUUAUAUUUCAAUUGGGUGGGCUCAGCGUUGCUUUAUUUCAGAAGAGCCUAAUUCCUUUUGUGUUCACUCAAAAGGGUUUUUUCCCUUUGGAUUUCUGUUCCAUCUGGCUGCUCCAAGGGUCUGUGGAAAAGGACAGUUGAAUGCAGCCACCGAUGUGCACAAAAGAAUGGGUUUCCAUUCAAGGUGGUCAUUGGUGGGACCUACACCAGCGGCCCUGUGUCUGUGUGUGAUCAGCAUGCUGCUGUGCCUGCCGCCCCCUGCGUCGUGCACAACCUGCCCUCAGAAAUGCCGCUGUGAGGACCUGCAGUUCUACUGUGACACCCAGGGGCUUCAGGCGCCCCCAGAUGGCGUGGACAAGGGGGCCCUUGGGCUGUCACUGCGCCACAACAGCAUCACCGAGCUAAGCCCUGACCAAUUCUAUGGCUUCAGCCAGCUAACCUGGCUCCAUUUGGACCACAACCAGAUCACAACGGUUCAGGAGGACGCCUUCCAGGGGCUGUAUAAACUGAAGGACCUCAACCUGAGCUCCAACCGCAUCACCAAGCUGCCCAACACAACCUUCAUCCACCUCAUCAACCUCCAGAUCCUGGAUCUGUCUUUCAACCAGAUGACAGCGCUGGAGCCAGAGCUGUUCCACGGGCUGAGGAAGCUCCAGAUCCUGCACCUGCGCUCCAACUCUCUGCGCACUACCCCUGUCCGGGCGUUUUGGGACUGCCGCAGCCUGGAGUACCUGGGCCUCAGCAACAACCGGCUCCGGAGCCUGGCCCGGAACGGCUUUGCUGGGCUCAUCAAGCUCAGAGAACUCCACUUGGAACACAACCAGCUGACCAAGAUCAACUUGGCCCAUUUCCCACGACUGGUUGCCCUCCAGUUCCUCUAUCUGCAGUGGAACAAGAUCAGCAACCUAACGUGUGGCAUGGAUUGGACCUGGACCACCCUGGAGAAGCUGGACCUCACAGGCAACGAGAUCCGGGUCCUGACACCUGAUGUUUUCGAAACGCUGCCGAACCUUAAGAUCCUGCUGCUGGAUAACAACAAACUAAGCAGCCUGGAUCCCCUGGUCAUGGAUAUGUGGCAGUCACUGAGCACCAUCGGGCUGUCCAGCAACCUUUGGGAAUGUACCAAAAGGAUCUGCUCCCUGGCCACUUGGCUCAGCACCUUCAAGGGAAGAUGGGAACAUUCCAUUCUGUGCCACAAUCCUGAGUACGCCCAGGGUGAGGAGAUACUGGAUGCCGUUUAUGGAUUCCAACUUUGUCAGAAUUUUUCGGCGCCAGUUGUUCAGACCGUUAGUACAGCCACGGACGCCACCACAACCCCAGAGGUCACCAGCUCCCUGUUUGGAAUUAUGCAGCAGACCCCAACAGACUUCUAUGCAGAGGAUUUGGGGAGCUUUACUAUUGUGACCACCACGACCACAACUACUCAAACUCCACGCGCUGCCCUGGCGACCACAACAGUGGAAGGGGCACCGGUCACGGACGACUUCAUGGAGACGGACAAUACCAUUCUCACUCAGAGGGUCAUCAUUGGAACUAUGGCCCUGCUGUUUUCCUUCUUUCUCAUCAUAUUCGUUGUGUACAUCUCACGGAAGUGCUGCCCCCCCACCCUGCGCCGGAUACGCCACUGCUCGGCCAUCCAGAACCGCCGACAGAUGAGGACCCAGCCAAGGCAGCCAAUGGCGGACCUGGCCACGCAGGUGCCCUACAAUGAGUACGAACCCAGUCACGAGGAAGGCGCACUCGUCAUCAUCAACGGCUAUGGGCAGUGCAAAUGUCAGCAGCUGCCUUAUAAAGAGUGUGAAGUAUGAACUCCUAUUUAUUCCUGCAGAUUAUGGUUUGCCAUUUGACCAUUUCAGAUGAUACAGGGUUUGUUUUUUGCUUUUUUCCAGUUUAUAUAAAUAGCAUAAUUUCUACGAGAUAGCUUUGAAAAUCUAUGGGAGUUUUUGAACGCUGAGAUGACUAGUAAAGGAUUUGACAGUUAAGAGAUGAUGUAGAGAUAUUCACAAAUUUAUUUUUCUAUGAAUGCAAGGUUGUUCAUAUGAAGCUAGGGCAAUCAUUCUCAACAGAAAACGGUAAACUGAGACUUGUCUCCACAUUAUUAGUCACUAUAUUCAGCGACACAGAGGAAAUUGCCAGCCAAAAUGUUGAUAAAAGUAAAAAGUUAACUAUUGAAUAAUGGUGAAAUUAAACAGCAAGUAUUGUGUCUUGAAGGAGAAAGAAGACUGUAGAUCACUUACAAACAUCACUUUGGACAAAUAAAUAAACUGGUUGUAAAAACGGUUGACAUUUGUCUUGGGAUUACCUAUGAAUUUGAAUUGGUCCUCAACCUAAAAUCUAAUAUUUCGACAUAACUCAGCUGCUAAUUAUGUAAAAAGUGACCAUUUCCUCCCCUGAUGUUGGCAAGGUCUGUCAGAUCUUGUCAGUGAAUGCCAAUGAUAGGCUCCUCGUUUCCAGGUUUAAUUUGAUUCAGUAGCCCAUCACCUCCCAUUAAAACUAAAAGCUUAGCACUGUUUGUAGAAAGGUUAAUGUCCAAUAUGCUGCAGCACUCGCUUAGUUAAAAAUGUCUGGAUGUCUUCAGCUAGGACUUCAAGUGUGAAUUUAUCAAACCCUUAUGUGCAUACACUUACUCACCAUCAUUAUGCAUAUCAAAGGCGCAAGAUGACCUACAGAUGGUCUCUCUUCAACUCUCAAAUACCAUCGACACUGUGACUGUGUAGUGUUCUCAACAACUUAACCUGCUUUAUCAUCAUUUAUGGAUUCACAAAACUAUAUGCCAGGGGCCAACACACACACACAAAAGCCAAGGUAAGAGAUUCCUGGAUAUGAGAAUGUGACAAGUGCAGGGGGAAUAAUGAACAACUUAUACGCAUUUGCAGACACUGUUUCAUACUGAAAAUAAAUCUUUCCCAGGAGUCCAGUGGGGGAGCAGCCUCGAUGCAGCAUAGACUCUAAUCAGGUCUGACAGGCUCAAGAUUGAACCAAUUAAGGCCAGGCAAAAAUAAUCUAAUAUUCUGUCACCCACACCAGUGAUCCAGCAAGAUUUAGCCCGCACGGCCACUCAAAAACAAGAGCGGAUAGAAACAUCCUUUACACUCCCAACAAGAGCAUACAUCUCUAUAUCAGGAUCCUAUCUGAUGUGACAUCUGACUGACAAUGUCUCUUUCAAGCAGAAAAAAUGGGAACUACAGUUUAUACAGUAACCUAGCAAAGAGCAGGCAAGUUAAACUGUGGAGAAUGUCCCCUGAGAGCGAAUGCAGCUCCUGUGAUAAGCAAACAGCGAGGCUGGGUCAGGACACAUUGGUAUGCAGCAGGGAGAGGAUGUGCAUUAGCAUCCGACUAAAGCUGCCGCCGCUGCAGCUACGCAGCUCUUUGUGCUCAGUUUGGGGGUGGGGGGUAGGGGAAGAGAGAG